CUGAGGUCCUUCAUGACUCCUCCAGUCUGGACUCUGGUGCUGCUGAUGGGGGCUGCCUGGGGCCGGGGCCAAACACCUGCCCCUGUUUGGAGAGAGAAGACUCCAGACCGGACUCUGGUCGUUCACAGCUCUAGGGACAACAACAUUCUCACCCAGUGUGAUUUUGAGGAUGAGUCUAAACCCCUCUGUGACUGGUCUCAAGCGUCCGCAGAUGAUGGGGACUGGAUUCGAGCCAACGGGUCCUCCCCCACUGGCACCACUGGGCCUCCAGGGGGGUACCCUGAUGGAGAGGGCAACUACCUGCACAUGGAAUCGAACUCUUUCCGGCGGGGUGGAGUGGCCCGCCUGCGCAGUCCCUACCUAUGGGUGCAAGGGCCCCUCUGUGUGCACUUUGCCUACCAUAUGUUCGGGCUGUCAUGGGGAGCUCAGCUCCGACUGCUAUUGGUCCCGGGUGCACACAGCAAGCACACUGGUGUCCUCUGGAAACAAAGGAACACACAGAGCCCCUCUUGGAUGCCCACUACUGUCACUGUGCCCGCAGGAUUCAGCUUGCCCAGCCGGCUGAUAUUUGAGGGAACCAGGGGCAGCACUGCCUAUCUGGACAUCUCUCUGGAUGCCCUCUCUAUCCGCCGAGGCUCCUGCAAUCGGGUCUGUAUCAUGCAAACAUGCAGCUUUGACACUCCAAAUGACCUCUGUGGCUGGAGCUGGGUCCCAACUGCCUCUGGGGCCAAAUGGAUCCAGAAAAAGGGACCAUCGGGGAAGCCAGGCAUGGGGCCCAGUGAUGACUUCUCUAACCCUGGCGAUGGCUACUACAUGCUCCUGAGCCCAAAGAAUGCAAGACCUAUGCAGAAAUCUGUCCUCCUGAGCCCUCUGAGCCAUUCCUCCGGCUGUCUGAGUCUUUCCUUCCACUACACCCUCUGGGGCCAGUCUCCUGGUGCAGCCCUAUACGUCUAUGCUUCGGUCUUGGGCAGCAUCCGGAAACACUCUCUCUUCUCGGGACAACCCAGACCCAAAUGGGAGGCUGUUUCUGUCAAUUACACGGAACAGGGACAGAUACAGUUCACUGUGGUGGGCGUGUUUGGAAAGAUCCCAGAACCAGCUGUGGCGGUGGAUGACAUUAGCAUCGCUCCUUGUGGGGAGAGCUUCCCUCGGUGUGACUUUGAAGAUGAGGCCCAUCCCUUCUGUGACUGGACCCAGACAUCAAGGGAUGGCGGACACUGGACCCAGGGACAUAAAAAUAUACCCUUUCAAAGCAUAGGCCCCUCAGAUUUCCUUGGAGGGGAUCACUAUAUCUACCUUGAAACUGACAAGUUCUCCAAGGCAGGGCAGUCUGUCAGACUGGUGAGCCGGCCCUUCUGUGCCCCGGGUGACAUCUGUGUGGAUUAUGCUUAUCAUAUGUAUGGCCUGGGAGAUGGCACUACACUGAAGCUCCUACUGGAGAGUCCUGCAGGUAGCACCCCAGUUUCUCUCUGGAGCCGUGUUGGGUCCCAGAGCCCUGACUGGCAGAACACCUCCAUCACCAUCCCUUCAGGACAUCCACAGCCCAUGCAGCUGAUUUUUAAGGCCAUCAGGGGUACCAACACUGCCUUUGUUGUCGCAUUGGGUUACAUCUUGAUCAAUCAUGGGUCUUGUCGAGCACAAGCACCAACAGUGCCUCCUGCCAAAUCUCCAGUUUCCCCUACUGAACCAUCUGAAACCACUGUCCCCACAGAAAAACCCACCAUCCCCAUCGAAGAGACUAUUGUCCCCACAGAAAAACCCACCACCCCCAUUGAAGAGACUAUUGUCUCCACAGAAAAACCCACCACCCCCAUUGAAGAGACUACCACGCACACUGAAGUGACCACUUUCCCCACAGAAAAACCCACCACACACACUGAAGUGACCACUGUCCUCAUUGAAAAACCCAUUAUGCACACUGAAGUCACCACUGUCCCCACAGAAAAACCCACCAUGCACACUGAAGUGACCACUGUCCUCACUGAAAAACCCACCACUCACACUGAAGUGACCACUGUCCUCACUGAAAAACCCACCAUGCACCCUGAAGUAACCUCUGUCCCCACAGAAAAACCCACCACGCACACUGAAGUGACCACUGUCCUCACUGAAAAACUCAUCAUGUACACUGAAGUAACCUCUAUCCCCACAGAAAAACCCGCCAUGCACACCGAAGUGACCACCGUCCUUACUGAAAAACCCACCAUGCACACUGAAGUAACCACUGUCCCCACAGAAAAACCCACUACACACACUGAAGUGACCACUGUCCUCACUGAAAAACCCACCAUGCACACUGAAGUGACCACUAUCCCCACAGAAAAACCCACCACACACACUGAUAUGACCACUGUCCUCACAGAAAAACCCACCAUCCUCACUGAUGUGACCACUGUCCCCACAGAAAAACCCACCAUCCCCACUGAACAGCCAACUGCCCCCACCAAAGAGCUCACUGUCUCCACCAGAAAGCCCACAACUACUGUGACACCCCUGGUGCCCACUGGUCACAAGUCAACACUCUUGGUGAUGCCUCUAAGUACUCAAAGUGCUUUCGUGACCAAUGUAACCCUGGGCAUCACCUCAACCCCCGGACCUGCUACAGAGAGCUGCCCCCCAAAUGCCCACUAUGAAUCCUGUGCUUGCCCUGCUUCCUGCAUGAACCCCAGGCCCAGCUGUGGGUUCCUCUGCCAGCGGGGCUGUGUCUGCAAUCCUGGCUUUUUAUUAAGUGACAACCACUGCAUCAAUGCCUCUUCUUGCCAUUGCUUCUACAACAACCAUCCCUAUCAGACUGGGGCAGAGUGGUUUAGCCCCAACUGCACAGAACGUUGCCGCUGCUGGCCUGGCAAUCAGAUAGAGUGCCAGAGCUCUCAGUGUGGGACACAUACAGUGUGCCAGCUGAAAAAUGGCCAAUAUGGAUGCCACCCUUAUGGCAUUGCCUCCUGCUUGGUCUAUGGAGACCCUCAUUAUGUCACCUUUGAUGGGAGGCACUUUGACUUCAUGGGCAGAUGCACCUACAUCUUGGCCCAACCCUGUGGCAACUCAACAGGUAGGAAGAGCCCUGGACAUGCCUGCCUUAGCCUGCUGGGGGUUGCUGUGAGCUAUAACACCACAACACUCUACCAAGGGCAACAAAGUGAGACUCUCAGAGAGGAGGAGAGGGACUGCAUAGGUGGCUUGGGGGGUGUGUGCAGAGGGUCCUCAGCAUGUUACCUUCUCUGCUGUGGUCCCCUGAUGGCACAGGCCCCUUUUCUACAUUAAUGCCAACUCCUCUUCUGGCCUGCCAGCACCUAUUUUGGCAAACUCUGUGGUUUCUGUGGAAACUAUGACGACAAUAUCAACAAUGACAACCUGAAGCCGGAUGGCCACCCAGCCAAAGAUGAGGAGGAGCUGGGGCAAAGCUGGCAGACAGUGGAGGACGAGGACAAGGAGUGUCAGAAGAACCGGGCAAAUCCUCCAUCCUGUGACUCAGCUUUGCAGGGCAUUAUGUCAGGACCAAAUUUCUGUGGACGACUGGUCGACCCUCGUGGCCCAUUUGAGGCAUGCCUGCCUCACCUGAAGGCCACUUCCUUCUUCGACAGCUGCAUGUUUGACAUGUGCAAUUUCCAGGGGCUACAGCAGAUGCUGUGUACCCACAUGUCAGUCAUGACCACGAGCUGCCAGGACGCUGGCUACAUUGUGAAGUCCUGGAGGCAACCCCAGUUCUGCCCUCUGUCCUGCCCACCCAACAGCAAGUACUCCCUGUGUGCCAAGCCGUGCCCUGAAACCUGCCACUCAGGAAACUCUGGCAUGUUCUGCUCAGGCCGGUGUGUGGAGGCCUGUGAGUGCAACCCAGGCUUUGUUCUCAGUGGCCUCGAGUGUGUCCCUCAAUCCCAGUGUGGGUGCCUCGACCCCAAAGGAAGGUACUACAAGGUUGGAGAGCAGUGGUACAAGCCAGGCUGCCGACAGUUCUGUAUCUGUGAACGCAACAACAAAAUUCGCUGCUACCUCUGGAGGUGUAAGGCCCAGGAGGCCUGUGGCUAUCAGGAUGGCACCUAUGGCUGCCAUGCCCAAGGGGGUGCCACCUGCAGUGCCUCAGGUGACCCACACUACCUGACGUUUGAUGGAGCCCUACACCACUUCAUGGGCACCUGCGCCUAUAUCCUGACACGGCCUUGCUGGCUCAGGUCCCAAGAGACCUACUUUGUUGUGAGUACCAGCAAUGAGAACCGCGGGGGGAUCCUGGAGUCCUCCUUCGUCAAAGCUGUCCAUGUGCAAGUUUUCAAUCUCCGAAUCUCACUGCUCAAAGGCUCCAAGGUCAUGGUGAAUGGCCAUAGGGUAGCCCUACCCAUUUGGCCUUUGCAAGGCCGAGUGACCCUGAGGGUCAGUGGCUCCUUCAUCCUUCUCUAUACAAACUUUGGGCUUCAGGUUCGCUAUGAUGGGCUCCACUUGGUGGAAGUAACAGUGCCCUCAUCCUAUGCAGGCCGGCUCUGUGGGCUGUGUGGGAAUUACAACAACAACAGCUUGGACGACAACCUCCGCCCAGAUAAAAAGCCCGCAGACAACUCCAUCCAGCUGGGGGCCUCCUGGAAGUUGGCCGAGUCCUCUGAACCUGGCUGCUUCCUCAUGGGGGGAAGUCCCUACAGCUGCCAAGAGGACAGAAUGGCAAACACCUGGAAUAAGAACUGUGAGAUCUUAAUGAACCCUCAGGGACCCUUCUCACAGUGCCACCAGGCCGUACCCCCACAGACCAGCUUUACCAGCUGCAUGCAUGGCCAGUGUGGGACCAAGGGUGACACCACAGCCUUGUGCCACUCCCUGCAGGCCUAUGCAUCCUUGUGCGCCCGGGCUGGCCAGGCCCUUGCCUGGCGGAACAGCACCUUCUGCCCUCUGAAGUGCCCACCUGGCAGCAACUACAGCCCCUGUACCAGACCCUGCCCAGCCACCUGCCUUAGCCUGAGCACUCCAAGGGACUGCCCAGCCUCGCUGCCCUGUGUCGAGGGCUGUGAAUGUCAGAAGGACCACAUCCUGAGUGGAACCUCCUGUGUGCCCCUCAGCCAGUGUGGCUGCAUGGACUCAAGAGGCUUCUACCACCUGGUUGGGGAGAGCUGGUACCCAGAGAGUACCUGCUCCAAGCUCUGUACCUGCUCCAUCCACAACAAUAUCACUUGCCUCCAAACUGCCUGCAAACCCAACGAGAUGUGCUGGUCCCUGGAUGGGCUGCUCCGCUGCCGGGUCUCAGGUAUAGGGGUGUGCCGGGCCUCAGGGGAAGCGCAGUAUCUGAGCUUUGAUGGCAAUGAACACUCUAUCCAGAGCACUUGCGCACACGUCGUGUUCAAAGUGUGCCACCCCAAUAUGGACCUGCCUUACUUCAAGAUCAGUGUCAAGAACAAGAAGCUGGAAGAUGAAGCUGAGGGUUUCCAGCUUCACCAGGUUUACAUUGACAUCAACAAUUCCCAGGUCAUCCUGCAAACAGGCCACAAUGUGCUGAUCAAUGGCAAACAGGUCACUCUUCCUUCGAUCUCCGAGAUCCCGGGGGUCAGCAUCAUUGCCAGUGGCAUCAACACCAUUGUCAAUAUAACGAUUGGAGCACAAGUCGUGUUUGCUGGCCAGGAUUUCUUAGAGAUCAGAAUGCCUACAGCCUUUCAGGGAAAGGUCUGUGGCGUGUGCGGGAACUUUAAUGGCGAGGAAGAGGAUGAGCUGAUGAUGCCCAGUGAGGAGCUAGCCUGGAAUGACUCAGAAUUUGUGAAAAGCUGGAAAGAUAAGGCUAUUGACCCAGAUUGCCAAGAAGAUGACCAGCAAGAGAACCUGAAUGAAAACUGCAGAGAGGCUGACCUCCACAGGGCCCAGGAAAAAUGUGAGGCAGCCCUCAAGACUCCAGCCUGGGCCCAGUGUGCCUCCCGAGUGGUCCUCAAGCCCUUCUUGGCGGGCUGUACCAACAACCUCUGUGAGUUUGGAGGCCUGAACCAUGCCCUCUGUGAGGCUCUGCAAGCCUUUGGGACUGCCUGCCAGAGCCAAGGGCUCAAGCCCCCACUCUGGAGAAAUAGCAGCUUCUGCCCUCUGGAAUGCCCUGAUUACAGCAGCUACACCACCUGCCUUCCGCCUUGCUCACCUUCCUGCUGGGACCCGGAUGGCCAGUGUGAGGGUGCCAGAGUCCCCUCCGCCUGUGCAGAGGGCUGCAUUUGUCAGCCCGGUUAUGUGCUAAAUGCAGACAAGUGUGUGCCCAGAAGUCAGUGUGGCUGCAAGGAUGCCCAGGGAGGCAUCAUCCCUCCAGGUAAGACCUGGAUCACCAGUGGCUGCUCUGAGAGCUGUCUCUGCACAGGAGGAACCAUUCAGUGCCGGGCCUUCCGAUGCCCCUCUGGGUCCCACUGCCAGCUCGGCUCCAACCAUGGCAAUAGCAACUGUGCACCUGACAAGUCAGAACAAUGUUCAGUGUUUGGGGACCCCCUUUACCGCACGUUUGACCGCUUCAACUACCGCUUCACGGGCCACAUGACCUACAUUUUGGUCAAGACAGUGGACAUACUCCCUGACGGGGUAGAGCACCUGCUUGUGGAGGGGCGCAAUAAGAUGUAUCCACCCUGGAGCCCUGUCUUCUUGCACGAAGUGAUUACAACUGUCUAUGGCUACAAAGUCCAUCUCCAAGCCAGUCUACAGCUUGUGGUGAACAACCAAAAGAUGGCAGUCCCCUACAGUCCCAAUGAGCACCUGCGGGUCACCCUGCGGGGCCAACGGCUGUAUCUAGUCACCGACUUUGAAAUGGUCGUCAGCUUUGAUGGAAGGAACAGCGCAGUGAUCACCCUGCCCAGCAUGUACCAGGGGCUCGUGCAAGGCCUAUGCGGGAACUAUGACAAGAACCACAAGAAUGAGCUGAUGAUGCCCAAUGGCAUCGUCACCAAGGACUACGACACCUUUGGUAAUAGCUGGGAGGUGAAGACGGAUGACUCUGCUCCAUUGCUCUUCCGUUUCCCAAGGGCCUUGCCGGAGGAGGAAGGAAGACGAGGAAGAGGAAGAGGAGCAGUGGGCUUCCAUGCAGCACCAUGCAGCCCAGAGCAACUGGGGCUCAUCAAUAGCACCCAGGCCUGUAGGGUGCUGGUGGACCCCCUGAGCCCCUUUGCUGCCUGUCACCAGACUGUGGCCCCAGAGCCCUUCCAGGAGCACUGUGUGCUUGAUCUGUGCUCCACCAAGGACCUCAGGGAACAAGAGGAGCGGCGCUGCCAGGUCCUCAGUGCUUAUGCUGUCCUCUGCCAGGAAGCAGGCGAGACCCUGGCCGGCUGGCGGGACCACACCCGCUGUGCCUUGGGGUGUCCAGCCAAUACUGUGUAUCAGAGCUGCAUGACACCCUGCCCUGCAUCCUGUGCUGACCUGGCGGCCCCUGGGGACUGCGAGGGCCCCUGUGUGGAGGGUUGCGCCAGCAUCCCAGGCUACAUCUAUAGCAGCACUCAGAGCCUCCCACUGACUGACUGUGGUUGCACCAGCAAUGGCAGCUACUACCAGCUGGGUGACAGUUUUGUGACUGAGGACUGUUCUCAGCGCUGCACCUGUGCCCAUACCAGGACACUGCAGUGUGAGCCUUUCAGCUGCAGCACGGGGGAGAUCUGCACCCUGGGGAACCUGACCCGGGGCUGCUUCCGAGAAAGCCCUUGUCUACAGAACCCCUGUCAGAAUGAUGGACAGUGUCAAGAGCAGGAAGCGGGCUUCACCUGCCAAUGUGAAGUUGGUUAUGGAGGAGACCUCUGCACAGAGCCUCAGGAUUUCCCACCCCCUGAAAAGUCAGACUCAUCCAACUCUGUGGCUGUCCUAUUGGGAAUCCUGGUGCCUUCGGUGGUCGUCAUAGUGUUGGCAGUGACCAGAGAGUGCGUUAACAGAGUGAGGAAGAGGAGGAGGGAGAAGUUAUGGAGCCACGACAGAGGUGGGCUGGCUGGAUUGGACACAGGUAUCAUGCCAGAGUGUGCCUUCAAAGUCACUCAGUUUUGAGUUAUCUUCAAAUAGGAGAC